GCCGGGAUUGCGCCGCCCGAAGGGACUUGCCCAGUCCUUCCUGGGUGUGCGGGGAGCGCAGUCCCGGCGCGUAGGGGCCGCUCGGCGGGGGCCGCACGGGCAAGAUGGUGUGUGCUCGGGCGGCCCUCGGUGCCGGCGCGCUCUGGGCUGCGGCCUGGGGAGUCCUGCUGCUCACGGCCCCCGCAGGGGCGCAGCGCGGACGGAAGAAGGUCGUCCACGUGCUCGAGGGUGAGUCGGGCUCCGUGGUGGUGCAGACAGCGCCCGGGCAGGUGGUCAGUCACAGGGGGGGCACCAUCGUCUUGCCCUGCCGCUACCACUAUGAGGCAGCCGCCCACGACCACGACGGGGUGCGCCUCAAGUGGACCAAGGUGGUGGACCCACUGGCCUUUGCCGACGUCUUCGUGGCGCUGGGCCCCCAGCACCGAGCAUUUGGCAGCUACCGUGGGCGGGCCGAACUGCAGGGCGAUGGACCCGGAGAUGCCUCCCUGGUUCUCCGAAAUGUUACACUGCAGGAUUACGGGCGCUACGAAUGCGAGGUCACCAAUGAGCUGGAGGAUGACACUGGCAUGGUCAAGCUGGACCUGGAAGGCGUUGUCUUCCCUUACCACCCCCGUGGAGGCCGCUACAAGUUGACCUUCACCGAGGCGCAGCGCGCCUGCGCUGAGCAGGACGGCAUCCUGGCGUCGGCAGAGCAGCUGCACGCGGCCUGGCGCGAUGGCCUGGACUGGUGCAAUGCAGGCUGGCUGCGCGACGGCUCCGUGCAGUACCCGGUGAGCCAGCCCCGGGAGCCCUGCGGCGGCCUGGGCGGAGCCGGGAGCGCCGGGACUGGCGGCGGCGGCGGCGCCUCGGGGGGCGUGCGCAACUACGGCUACCGCCAUAACGCCGAGGAACGCUACGACGCCUUUUGCUUCACAUCCAACCUCCCGGGACGUGUGUUCUUCCUGAAGCCGCUGCGGCCCGUGCCCUUCUCGGGAGCAGCACGUGCGUGCGCGGCGCGCGGCGCGGCCGUGGCCAAGGUGGGACAGCUCUUCGCGGCGUGGAAGCUGCAGCUGCUGGACCGCUGCACCGCGGGCUGGCUGGCCGACGGGAGCGCGCGCUACCCCAUCGUGAACCCGCGCGCGCGCUGCGGUGGCCGCCGGCCCGGCGUCCGCAGCCUAGGAUUCCCCGACGCCACGCGCCGCCUCUUUGGCGUCUACUGCUACCGCGCGCCCGGUGCGCCGGACCCCGCGCCCGGCGGCUGGGGCUGGGGUUGGGCCGGAGGCGGUGGCUGGGCCGGAGGCGCGCGCGACCCCGCUGCUUGGACCCCGUUGCGCGUCUAGGCCCUGGGCGCAGAUGAUUGGGGUGCUUGGCGGCUGGCCGAGUGCUCUGCGGUCUCUUGGAGACCGGCCACGUGACUGGAGACUGGCCACGCCCCCUGCGGCGCCCUGCAGGCUGACGGGGCUUCCUGUGGUCUUGAACACUGGCUACGCCCCCUGGGGUCCUCAUAGACUAGCCAGUUCUGGGAGACUGAUCAAGGCCACACCUCUCCUGGACAGUGGACUUCCCCUCCUCCCUCGACUUUCCCCAGGAGAUGGGGCAUGCCAUCUGAACACCCUGGAGGGCAACAGACCCUGAGGUCUCCUGAAGACUGACCACGCCUCCCGAGGUUACUUGAAAACAGACAGAACCAUCCCCCAUGGUCUCCUGGAGGCUGGACCCCCAGGAUUAUCUGGAGAUUGGCCUCAGGGCCUCUGCAUCUCCCUGGAGACUGAAGAUUAAUCCCUUAUGGUCAUCUGGACACUGAACCCCUUUCCCCCUUACAUGUAGAAAAAAUGGAAAUCUCCGAAUUCACCGGGUGAUCACGCCCCAUGAUCACAUGGAGACUGGGCUUCUGUCCUCUCCCCAAUGAUGACCUGGAAAAUUGGGUAUCCCUAUUCCUCCUUCCCCUGUGAAUCCCUCAAAGUGUGCAGAAUGACAGGCCAUGUCCCCAGGUCACCCUGAAUACCCCCACCCCUCCAGUUUCAGGGAAGACCUGCCUUGUCUGUCACCCACUAAAACAGACUGACAUGCCCCAGCUGGCUCGCAUGACUGGUGGCCAUGCCCCGCCCCUCAGGUAUCUCUGGAGGGAGCAAAUCUGCCCCUACCUGAUGGCCUCUUUCCUGGCUGUCACCAAAGAGACCAUCCCCUGGGCCCAGGGAUCUAUAGGAUCCAUGUCACUCACUAUGGAGACAAGCUGUCCCACUUCCCAUUGUUACCAAGGCGACCAGCCCAACUUCUACCUGUAACCUAGUCACACAGCCCUUCCCUCAUCAGUCACACCCAUGGAGAUGUACCUCCCUCCGCCAGCUGUAACCAUGGAUACCACACGUUUCCCCAUCUCACCUUCCGGACAUUAGAGAGCUACUACUCACUUCUGGAUGUCCCCGUCCUGACCAACAGUCGGGAAGACCACCCUCUCCAACCCCCUAACUGUCCCAAGAGUGACCCAGCAUUCAGUUCCCUGGCUCUCACCAUGGAAACACCCUGCCCCUCUCCCCAGGUGCAUGCCAGCUCCUUGCUACCCUCCAAACUCUGCCUCCAAGCUGCUUAAACCCCAUAGCUGUUGCUAUGGAAACCAAACUGGUGUCUGAGGUAACAGAACACCUUUCCCCUAGGCUUUCCCAGGUCAGCAGCACCCCCUCACAGAGCUAUCACCAUAGAGACUGUCUGCAUCGUCCCCAUGACAACCAACUCCCAGCUCUCAGGAACUUCUUACUAUGGGCUGUAACUGCACCCCAUAGAGCUUAAUGUCUGCCCCUUAACCAGAUAGGCCCAGCCCCAGGCAGCAUCCCCAGAUAUGGCUGGACUUCUGGAGCUGCUGGACAUCCUCUGCACGCUAACUAUAUCCCAGACAACAGUGCAUGAGACACUCUUGCAACCUCCAGGUGUUUUCAUUGCUGCCACACAGAUGAGAAAACUGACUCUGGUAGCCCUGGCCCUUUUUGUUGUGCAAGCUCUGGGCUCCCCUUUUCCCUUCUGAGACCACAUCUCCAUUUUCGCUGAGCUCCUCUCUCCCCUAACAGUCCCAUGCUCCUCAUUUCACUCCUUAGAGAUCCAGGAGAGAUGGAAUGUUUUUAAACUUCAAAAUCCGCAGUGAGCCCCAGUUCUAAAGGACAAUUUGUGCUAAGAUAUUAGGACCCAGCCAGAUCCCCUCCUUCCCCACCCUCCACCCCUGACCCCCAUGUUGAGAGCCAGCUCAGGAGAGACGGUCCGAGAACAAAGCCACCCCAACUAUGGGAGACCUCAGCUCCAAGGUCUUAUGUGAAGUAGCACUGAGGGCCCUCCUGGAAGCAUCCCACCCCUCACCUUACUGUCACACCCAUCUUAAGGAAACCCAUCUAUGAGUUUUGGAAUCAGGUGGGCUUGGGUUCGAAUCCUGCCUCUAUGACCAAGUGACAACCCGCUGAGCCUGUUUCUUCCUCUGUACCAGAGCUGUUCUGAGGUCCCAGUGAGUGCAAA